AUGAAGAUACCCACCCUCUGCGCGGCGCUGUGCACGGCCAUCCUCACAGGCGUCGGGAUCGCCGACGCAGCCAUAGUCGCCAGACUGGGCUUCAUCCCGGGCCGACCUGGAGCCAACUGCGCCCAGAAGGACGUGACGUUGUACAUCGACGUGAACACCAGCAUGGUGAACCGAACGACCGAUAUCUUGGGCCCGAGCGGCCCGAGCGUCCAGUUCGGCACAGUGGCGCUCGAAUACCUGGUUCCUGGGUGCGAACUUCUCCUCUGCAGUCAAGCGUCGUCUUGCGAUUCCGAUUCGGCGGUGCAUGUGUAUAAGCCAGUAUGCUCCGUGACGUACAGCGAUCGGGUGUAUUGGGCCAGGUACGCUGUUCUUUGUGAUGGCACUGAGCCAAUGGAGUUGGAGGGGUAG